GUAUAGGUGAUUGAUUGUAGUAUAGGUGAUUGUAGUAUAGGUGAUUGUAUUAUAGGUGAAUGACGCCACCAGUGUCGGGACGUCAGUGGCAGAAUGACAGGGAGAGAGAGAAAACGCCUUGGCCAGGGGGAAUCGUGGGCCGCAGCCCUGACAGGAGGAGUGAUUGCGUCAUGUCUCCGCCUGUUUGUGGGCGUGUCCCCGGGCUGUCACAAGCAGCAACACAAGCACCCGGGCCUAGUGUAGGGAGGGUCCCCGGACUGUCAGUGGCAGCGGGCCCCGGUGUGGGAUGGCGGUGUGCGCCAGGUUGUGCGGAGUCGGACAGUCCGGGGGCUGCAGGAGGAGACGACAGCGGAAGGGAACCGGAAACGACCCUGAGCUGGAGGAUGAAGAGGAAGAGGACGAGGUGCGGAUUGAGGCUGAAGUAUUAGUAGAAGGACAAGCAGCAGUGGCGCCCCGGAGACCCCGCUCUCUCCUGCAGCUGCCACCCGAGAUACUCGUGGAGAUUUUCUCCUCUCUGCCCGGUACCGAGCUGCCCAGUCUGGCCCAGGUGUGCCGGAAGUUCCGCCAGAUCCUCACUACGGACACUAUCUGGAAGCGGCGCUGCAAGCAAGAGUAUGGUGUCUGUGAAAAUCUACGAAAACUGGAGGUCACAGGAGUUUCCUGCCAUGAUGUCUAUGUCAAACGUAUUAAUCCACGGGUGAAGUCGGGACGGUUUAUGAAAAUCCUUCCCGAUUAUGAACACAUGGAGUACAGAGAUAUUUAUACCUGCUUGUUGCACCAAUACCGACACAUCUUGGGCCUCUGGCAGCCAGAUAUUGGCCCUUACGGAGGACUUCUUAAUGUUGUGGUAGACGGCUUAUUUAUUAUUGGCUGGAUGUAUCUUCCCCCUCAUGAUCCACAUGUUGAUGAAGGUAUGAGGUUGAAACCGGUUUUUAGAAUUCACUUGAUGGAGAGGAAUAAUGCAACAGUAGAAUGUAUGUAUGGACACAAAGGGCCCCACAAUGGGCAGAUUCAGAUUGUGAAAAAAGAUGAAUUCUCUACUAAGUGCUUACAGACAGAUUAUCAUCGAAUGUCUGGAGGAAGACAAGAGGAAUUCAGGACAUGGCUGCGGGAAGAUCUAGGGAGAACUCUUGAAGAUAUUUUCCACGAGCACAUGCAGGAAUUAAUUUUAAUGAAGUUUAUUUACAUUUGCCAAUAUGACAAUUGCCUUACAUACCGAAGGAUAUAUCACCCACCCAACAGACCAGAUGACCUGUUAAAUCCCGGAUUCUUUAAAGGAACCUAUGGGAGCCAUGGCCUGGAAAUUGUCAUGUUCAGCUUCCAUGGAACAAUUGCCAAGGCUACCAAAAUAACAGGAGAUCCCAAUGUUCCAGCAGGUCAGCAGACACUAGAGGUUGAUCUGACCCGGCCAGUGCAGCUUCCCGAUGUGGAGCACCUAAGGAAUUUUGAUGAGAUAUCCCGCCUUAUUCUGGACGUCCAGUCACAGAUCCAAAGAGAGCAGAGACAGACAGGCAACGAAGAAGAUGAUGGAAAAGGGGCAGGUCCUGAUAGAGCAGAACAUUCUCAACAACCUGCACCUGUGCAUAGGCCCGCAAAAGAAGAUGUAAACGGAGUUGACAAUGCCGAUGACAGGGAACAAAAACCCCCAAAUGUGCAGUCCUUUGUGCUCCCUGCUGGGGUGAUGGCUAGGAAUGAGGAAUACCCCCGUAGCUGUAAGAUGUGCUUUUAUGGUACUGGCCUCAUUGCUGGACAUGGAUUCAGUAGUCCUGAACGGACCCCAGGUCUAUUCAUCCUAUUUGAUGAGGAUCGUUUCGGGUUUAUAUGGUUGGAGCUGAAAUCUUUUAGCCUGUACAGUCGUAUGAGGGACAGAUUCCAGCAAUCAGAAGCUCCAUCGCUAGAAGCCUUUGAUGAAAUGCUCCAACAUAUGCAAUCCUGGACAACCUAAUGGGUGUGGGCAUGGAGUGCAGUGAGUCAGGAACUCCAUGAAUCUGCAGAACUGGAUUUAGGUCAUGUCACUGUUUGUGAUAAAGAAAAGAAUAUUCCAACCUUGGUACCUCGAAAAUCAAUGCAUGCACUUUCCACACAAUAAUACUUAACCCUUUAAUUGCCAGUGGGGCCAAUGCUAUGCAUAGCCCCGUGGCAGCAAAACAAGGUUAAAUGGAAUUUCAGUUGUUGCUUUUAAACAAAUUAUCCCUAUAAUUGUAUAUAAAUCAAGGCUAACAUACCGUAUGUAAUAAUAUAUAAAAUGUAUAAAUAUAAGGGUAUGGCUUCCUAAUGAUCCCAUGCAAUCUGGGCAAAAGUGAUUUGUUCCUAUUUUUCUAAACCUCUUUAUCGUCCUGCGUGAUAAAAAUGAUUUCUCCUAGUAGAGUGAAGAACAAAUAAAAAUGUGAUUGUAAGACUAGCUAUAAUGGAUGUCGAAAGAGGGAGGAAGUUGAGUAGGUUUGGAUCCUUGCUAUUGGAACAGCGCAAAGAAAAUGCUGGGUUUUCUUGUGUUUUGGAUUUGAAGAUUGGGCUGCAAAUUAUAGAAGAAAAAUACCUGUCAUAAAGGAGACAGGAAGAACCUUCCUGAAUGUCUGCAGACACUGAGGGGGUUAUUUACUAAAAUCUAAAUUUAUCUCAUUGUCCCAAUAAAAAAGGUCGACCAAAUUCCCAUCCUCGAUUUUACCUUAUUUAUUAAUAAAUUAAUUCGAUUUAAUAGAAACAGUAAAAAAAACUCAAAAAAACCAAGCGAAAACCCACAUCAUACAAUUUUUUCGGCUUUAUUUUGCCCCCAAAAAGUAGUUUUUUUGGGCUAACCGAAAAAAUGGUUUAGCCCUUAUUUAUUAAUAAAUUAACUGCCUUAUUCUUUAAUAAACUAACUUGAUCUAAUAGAAACGGUAAAAAACCCUGGAAAAAAACGAGCGAAAACCGAAGUAGUACAUUUUUUUGGGGGCUUUUCUCCCUAAAAACAAAUUUUUCUUUUUCGUUUUUGCCCGAAAACUGGCUCAACCCAGAGCAGACUUCAAAUUGAUAUCAGUGCCUCCCCCAUAGACCUAUCCAGGACCUCGACAGGUCUGAGAUGGUGGAUUUUCACAUUCUGGCCUUUUGCAGCAUCGGGGUAUAAUAAAUGUAGAAAAAUUUGAUUCAAAGUUUUUGCCCCAAAAAGCUUGAUCAGAAAAAUUUGAGGUUUAGUAAAUAACCCCUGAAUGUUGGUUUUGGCAUGGCAAGUUUUAGAUUUGGCCUCUUUGCCUUACAGCCCGGGAAUAAAUUAUAGCAAAACUCAAUUCAGGGAGCUCUGUUUUGUACAUUGAGUUAGGCUUUUUUCUGUAACGCCUAGGGAAACAUUUUGACCGCCAGUAGAAAAUGGCUGUGGUCAAAACCCCCCUGUCACCACUGCUAUGUUGGGCAUUUUUGAGUGUGUCUUUCACACAUGGUGCUUUACAUGAAUUAACAUUAGCAGCAGUGACAGAUGGGCAUUUUGACCACUGCAGAUCUCCACCAGAGGGCAGCAACAUUGAACCCCCAUGCGUGAGAGAUUUAAAUCCUGGUUUCAUUCAGAAGUGAUUGUUGUUCUAUUUAUGCCUUUCUGUGAACUUUUACAGACAUUAGUCACAUGGCUCUGCAAUAUGAUGGUGGUACAAGGGGCAUUAAUAAACACUGCCAAAUAGUUCCAAUCACAUGUACACACAUUACACACAGUACAUAGUAUUAUGUCAACCUUUUUAAUAUUAUAAAGAGAUAUAAAGCUACUGCCUGUUAUGCUAAGUCUAUUUAAUAAAAAAUAAAACAGUUUGUAAUUCCUCAUCCCCCCCAGCAGUUUAGUAAACAAUCUUGUUGGGAUGGUGUAAUUUCAGGUGGUUACCAAUGAAAUAAAUUCAUUAGGAGCAAGAGCAAUGUACCUAUUGUAGGCCAUUGUGGGAACCCUGGAGCUACUGGCAACUUCAAGAUGGUGGAAAACUUGUGUGACGGAAAAUGAUAACCCUGUCUCAGGCUGAAUUGUUCAGCCGAGGCAGUUUUGCCUAAUAGUUAUUGAAUCUCACCCCUAUCACUUGCCACCCUGCACUUCUCACUGUCAUCCUUAAAUCUGCCAGUAUAUAUGCAGUGAUUCUUAUCAUUUUUAACUACUUACUUUCAAACAUCCUUGGCUGCAUGCUGAUUGAUAUCCUGUGGCAAAGAAAAGUAAGAUGAGCAGGAACACAGAGAGAGAGAGACAGUUCACAGAAGGGAACACAUUAUUGUGAGACUGAUGGGAAUAUAUGAGCCUACUGAUGAAUUGGGCAAGAUGCUAAAAGAGCAGAUCUUUAUGUGUUGGGCUAGCUAAGGAUAAUUCAGGAAGGAAGCAGAAGCAAGAGGUUAGAAAGCACAUUUAAUAUUAAGUCAGCUCUACACAUACCAGUAAUAUCAUACAAAAUUAAUAUUGUUAUAUGUAUGGUGCACACUGAUCUUGAGUGAUAUCAAUGUACUAGGGACUCUGUUUGGCAAUACAUUUAUUUAUUAUAAGUUUAGUAGUUUCAGUUUAAGUCGAAGCAGGGCGCAUAUUUCCCCUAAAAAUAAAAAAAAAUUUAACAUUUUGUGGAAAGGCCUCUAUGGCGUUUUAAUUUUCUGGGGUUACUGGUCCUUUACUGCUUAUAAUGGCAGCCUCACAGCAUGUAACGUUUCUGCUUCUGUAACAUUCGCUAGUGACAGACACAAACCCAAAAUAUUAUCCUCCAAUUUGUAUCAAAGCUUCCUUUUUGGAAAACUUCUUUCUGUUUGAAAGCCUAUAAUUUCUAACAAUUGAUAAAUGGCAAAGGUUUUUAGGAGAGGCGGCAAUUUGUUGCAAUGGAGAAAAUAAGAAAAUAAGAAUCCAAACCCAUUAAGCCCAUGUUCAACCACAAGGAUCAUAGUUAUAGUGAUUUGAUAGAUAAUUUGAUUAAUGAACCCCUAUAUUUUGUAUUACAAUAUGAGUAUGUAACAGUACAGGAAACUGGUUUAUGUUCUGAAUGUAACAGAUAUUGAAGUCCUUUGUACAAGCACAACAGAGAAACUACCUUUUACCAACUUAGGGCAGGUAUCACAAACGGACUCAUGGUUAACAAAGGGAACAUUAUGAGUGCUCUGUGGAGACUGGCAGAAUGUUUACAUGCCGAUCUUUAGGAGCAGUUUGUUUCUAAUUCUGUUAUGUGAGGUUUCUGAGACAUGCCAUGGUGCUGAAUCUUGCACUGACCUUAGCCUCUCAGUGUGCCAGUUUGUCUGAGAAACCAACAAAACAAUGAUUAGCGUGGGAUGUCCAGUUUUAUUUACUGUUAUUUAUAUUAUUGUAUUUUAUUUAGGCAAUCAAGAAUACCCCUCUCCAUUGCCCUUGUUGACAAUUGCUUAAAAGCGCCAGUACAAGCAUUACAUUUUAAUUUUUGCCCAACAAAAUACAGGUUACUGUGAUUUUAGGCAAUAGGUGCCUGACCGUUGCAUGCAUUGGUGCCUUCAAGCAAUUGUCAUGAAGAAUGAUUUUGGGUAUUUUCUGCAUUUUUAGCAAGGAAAGAAAAGUGACAGGAAAAGCCCCAAAUGGUUGUAUAAAAACCAGUACUUUCUUCUUAAUAUAAUGGCAACUAGUAUAACACAUUCAGCACUGUUUUAGCUCAGGAAUUAUGUUAAGCUGUCCAAUAUUUUAGCUUCAUGCACCAUGUUAGGAAGCACCAAAGCUUUUAUUUUAUUUAUUUUUUUACAAAAAUGCACUUAAACCACAAUCUGUAUAAGCAACUUCAGUCAGAAAUGGCACUUUGGUAGUGAUGGGCGAAUUUAUUCGCCAGGCACGAAUUCGCAGCAAAUAAAUUCACAAAACGGCUACAAAAAUUCGCUGCCGAAAUGUGCGCCUGCGUCCAAAAAACAGGGCCGUUUCGCAAAUUCUCCCAUCACUAUGCUUUGGUAAAGGCAGUCUAAUAUUGGUCAGUAGAGGUAAGUUCCACUCGGCUGCUGGAGGGGGCAAGAUUGUGUUGCUUCAUUACAAGCAAUACUGAAAAUGUUACUUACAAUUGUUUUUCUUAAAUAGCAGUUUUUUUCCAGAGCUUGUAAAAAAAUAUUUUAGUAAUUCAGCAGCUUUAUGGUUGCUAGAGUGCUUAUUUACCCUAGCAACCAAGCAGUGGUUUGAAUGAGAGACUGGAGUAUGAAUAGGAGAGGUCAGAAUAGUAGGAGACUGGUGUAUGAAAAGGAGAGGUCUGAAUAGGAAGUAAACAAAAAAUAUAAGAACAACAAUAUAAUUGUAGCUUUACAGAGCAAUCGUUUUGGACUGCCAGGGUCAGUGACCCCCAUUUAAAUGCUGGGGAUAGAGCCAGAAUAAUUCAGAAACUAUAAAUAAAUAAUGAAGACAAAUUGCAAAGUUUCUAGGAAUAGUACAUUCUAUAGCCCACUAAAGGUGAACUACUCAUUUAAAGCUCAGUUCAUCUGCUGCUCUGCCAGUUGCUCCAAAAAGGAGAUAUUAUUGUGUUACUAUGAACAGCUAAUUGGGGCUCUAAUUAAGGGUGCCACCUGGCCGGUAUUUUACCAGCCUUGCCGUAAAAGGUGGCAACCCUAGCUCUAAUUGAAACUGCAAAACAGCCAUUAUUGUAAGAGGGAUAAACAUUUCCCAUAGGGCAGUGAUCCCCAACCAGUGGCUCGUGAGCAACAUGUUGCUCACCAAGCCCUUGGGUGUAGCUCCCAAUAACUUUAAAGCAAGUGCCUAUUUUUGAAUUCCUGGCUUUGAGGCAAGUUUUGGUUGUAUAAAAAACAGAUGUAUUGCCAAACAGAGGCUCCUGUAGACUGCCAGUCCACAUAGGGGCAAACAAAGAGCCAAUCACAGGCAUUAUUUGACAACCCCAUGGAUUUUUUUUCAUGCUUGUGUUGCUCCCCAGCCCCUUUAAAUCUGAAUGUGGCUCAUGGGUAAAAAAUGGUUGGGGACCAUUAGGGCAACAUCAGGCAGGGUUGUUUUGUGUCCUUCAAGUGCCAUGAUUUUAAGCGAUAGGUAGUGCUAUAAAAAUGCAUAUGAUUCUAUAAUAAUGGGUGGCAUAACUAGAUACAGUAACAGUUGCAUAAGCUAGUAGAUGAUACACUGGGUUACAGGAUAGUAACAUAAUGAAAUAUUUAUCAUACUGGCCAAAGGUGUUGAGAGCAAAACUUGUUCCUUAAAUUCACAUCUUGUCCAGCUGUUUUAUUAUUUGAAACUAUUCAUUUUCUUUUGUUUCUGUGGGAUGAAAUAUCGGAGACAAGUGUUGUUCCCAGACAUGGCUGUAAUGUUCUGAGUCUACUGUACUAUUUUGCUGCUAGAUUGCUUUUCUUGGCUCGGACACUGAAAGUGCCAAAAAUAAGCCACUAGUAUCUUUUAUUUAUUAAGUGAAUAUAUCAAUUGACUGUAUUUUACUCCUUACAGAAAGAAGUAAUAUAUUUACAUUAUCAAAUGCAAAGUGAGUAUAAUAUAUCUUUGUAAAUGAAUAGAGAUUAUACAGAAGCCAUGGUUUCAAACCAGGGGAAAAAGGAACGACUUUAUAUUUUUGAAGAUGAGAUUUAUGAUACAAGAGACCUGGUAAUACAUCUUCACAUUAAGCGUUAUUUGUUUGCUGAGCAGAUCAUUUAGAUGUUAUUUUCAUAUUGAUAUUCACUAAUAAAUUCCCCUUUUAUGAACCUGAACCAAGCUUCACUUUGUUCCCAAACUUGUAUGUAAAAUCAGGGGACUAUACUAAAAAUGCCAUUUUAAUAUGUAGUGGUUAAUGUGAAAAUAUUAUUCAUGCAAAUUGUUUCAAUUAAAGAAGAACUAUUCCUACCAAGUCCCUGGAGCUCACCACCCUGUCCUGCAGUAUAACCUUGUGGCUGGCAUUGAGAGUGGGUAGAAUCCUGCACUACCUCCAUGCAAAUGUGACAUACUGCUCUAAAUAAAAUAUUUGAAAUUAA